UCAAAGAUAAGUAAGUAGGUACUCGGAGGUGUACCGUGUAGCAUCUCUCAUUUACGAAAAUAUUCAACUAUUCUACAUUCCAAGUCUCCCCCAGCGCAUCAAAAGUGGAUGGAUUGAUGUGCUAAGUAACUGCUUAAUACUAGUAUAAUAUUGCGACGUCGCGUCGGUGAUGUUUGGAUCUGCGGUGAAGCGAGGAGCGUUGAUCGUCUUUGAAGGAUGUGAUCGAUGUGGAAAGACAACGCAGUGCAAAAAGCUGGUAGAUGUGCUGAAGAGCGAGGGCAAAAACGUCGAAUUCAUGAGAUUUCCAGAUGGAUCCACACACAUCGGAAAGAUGUGCAGGGAGUACCUGGAAUGCGGCAUAGAGCUGGAAGAUCACGCGAUACACCUCCUGUUCGCCGCCAACCGCUGGGAAGCUGCGCCGAAGAUGAGAGAGAAGCUGAUGAGUGGGACGACGCUGAUCGUUGAUCGAUACUCGUUCUCCGGUGUGGCGUUCUCCGCGGUGAAGCCUGGCAUGGAGCUCGCGUGGUGCAAGCACGCCGAGGCGGGGCUCCCCCGGCCCGACCUCGUCCUCUACCUCGACCUCUCUGCGGAGGCGGCGGCGAAGCGGGGAAGCUAUGGCGACGAGCGAUACGAGAAGGUCGGACUGCAGGGUCGCGUGCGGGAGACGUACCGGCGGCUGUUCGACGAGCGAUGGAGCGUCGUGGACGCCGACACGAGCGUGGAAGGGCUUCACACCCGUCUGAGAGCCGUCGUCGUGACGACGAUGGAGAGAAGCCAUCACCAACCUCUCGCUAGGCUCUGGACCGACGUCGCCGCUGACGACGGCGAUCACGCCAGCUGAGGGUUGGCGAAACACGUGGUUGAGAGCUGUCGUCAUCUCUAGCAAGCACCAACCGCUCACAAGCCUCUGUACUGACGCCGACGACGCCGACGCUAGCUGAGGGUUGGCUAAACACGUGGCUGAGAGCUGUCGUCAUCUCUAGCAAGCACCAACCGCUCGCAAGCGUCUGUACUGACGCCGACGCUCGCCGAGGGUUGGCUAAACACGUGGCUGAGAGCAGAGAUGCCAACACAUAUUUGAAGCAAUCUGUAGUUUCUGGCCAUCAAAUUAGUAGUUCGAG